UUGGUGGUAGCCACAAGGCUAGACAGCUUUUGAAAACAGAAACAACACGGUUAACGAGGAACAACAGCACGUUUGUUGACCAGAAACAUCUGUAACGAAGGAUAGGCUUCUUGAUAGGAUGCGUACCCAAGUGGACGUCUGUCUCAUCUUCAGAUAUCUAUUUCUUUGCGAGGAAAAUCUAAUUCUCUAGCUAACGUUAGCUGGCUAACUACUAGCUAACUCUUGCCAUUUUGACCUCGGUUCUGGAACGUUGUCUGCCACGGUUGUGAUCACAUUACCAUGUCUGGGACUUCAGGUAGAGCGGUGCUCCCUCAACCUCCAACAAAAACUAUUGUUGUCUACAGGAAUGGGGAUGCUUUCUUUCCUGGACGAAAGUUUGUUAUAAAUCAACGACAGAUGUCAACGUUUGACAGCUUUUUGAGUUAUGUCACGCGUGGGGUUGAGGCCCCUUUUGGAGCGGUCCGAAAUGUUUACACUCCAAGGGAAGGGCACAAAAUCCAUGACCUCGUCAACUUGCAGCACGGGGAGAGAUAUGUUGCAGCUGGAGGAGAGCGUUUCAAAAAGCUUGAUUAUUACCAUAUAACAACGAAGAAACCACAGAAAAAGAAGAAUGAACAGAUCCGACCUGUAGUUCACAGUAGAAUAGUUGUUUCUGCUCGCUGGAGGAAAAUAAUAAACGAGUCAUGCACUAUCAAUGUUUUUACCAAUGGAGAUGUGUUGGUUCCUCCAGCUCGGAUACUGAUACCAAAGUAUACUCUCACAAACUGGGAAAGUGUCUUGGCCAUGGUGACCGAGAGGGUACAUCUGCGCACUGGUGCUGUGUACAGACUGUGCACAUUAGAUGGGACUACUUUACUUGGGCCAGUGGAGCUAGAGAACAACCAGUACUAUGUUGCUGUGGGAGCUGAGAAGUUCCGCUUCUUGCCAUACUUCCAGUGGGUCCCCAGCAGAGGAAUCAUCCAGGACAACAGCCAUCAUGCAGUCAACAAUGACAGUCUCCCAGUCCCUGUUCCCACAAGGAAAGGCAAACAUGCAAAAUUUGCUCACACAGGCUCUGGAGAUGACCUUGAGCACACAGCCAGGGGCCAUCCCAAGAACGCCACAGAGUCUUACUUCUACGCCAAGCCAGAGAAAGAGAGAGAGACAGCCAAACAACAGAGGCAGGUGUCCAGACUCCCACUUCUUUACACAACGGGCGAAGGCAGUGUGUUCCGUGCGAAAGACAAAAGAAGUGAAACUGUGGGAGCAGCUGAGGUCCAGGAAGAUGGUAGAGUGACGGUGGACCUGCCAAUUGACCAGGUUGAGGCCAAGGUAGUCCAGGAGGAAGAGCAGUAUGUCCGGAGGAAUUCCAGGCCGGCCGGUGAAACCCAGAGUCCCUACAAAGCCUUCCUCCAAGGCUCUGAUGCAUCCAGGAAGGCCUCGGCACCCUCGUCUGGUCGUGGGGAGUCAGGUAGAGGCACUGGUCUGACCAGCUCCAGAGACGGAGGACUAAAGUCACCUCUGGAACCUGAGCCACAGGAGGCUAAAGAGGAGGUGGAGGCGGUGUCGUCCUCAAAUCUGUGCGGAAUACGGUCACGGAUGUCCAAGUUCUUCAAGGAAAAAAGCAAAAAGUGACCAGCUCCCAGACCAAAAUGCCAUUUAUUCAGUCAGAGAUCCAGAUGGAGAUGAUGCUGUCAUGCUCUUUGCACCAACUCUCUCACCAAAUCCAGCAUAUGGAGAGUCGUAUAUGUUUUCAGCUGAAGCCACUCAUUGUCUUUGGUCUCUUCGGGGAAUAGUGCUGCAUCCUUACAGUAAAUAAAUACAUUGAAAUAUAUUGCAUACUGUAGAAGAGGAGGCCAUGCUAUGGAGUCAGUAUACUUAAUGUAAGCAACAGGGAUGAAGUAAUGUAGGGGCUUGGUUCAGGGGCACACCAACAACCAUUGUGGGCUGUUCAAUCUCCGUUAAUGUGGUCACACAGGUUUAAGUCAUUCAUCAGCCCCUAGGAUGAUGCAAUUAUUACCUUCUCCCUUUACUGAUGCUCCCUUUAUUUCAUGCAGAAAACAAUAUUUAUUGGCUACUGCGAUGCAUUCAUUUUCGACUGUGAUCUUGUACUAAAUCACCUUGUGUGUAACCUUAUAAUGAUAAUGAGCGCAUUGUCUAAUACCGUAGUCAUAUUACUCAUUUCUCCUCCCUCUGUAACGCUACACGCUAGCCGUAAGUCUGAUUUCUCAGGUCAUAUAUAGCUAUAUUUACUGUCACAGCUUACUUAAAUAAUCACUUGCACGUCGGAACACAUUAUGGCCCUCUGUCAAGGUAAUAUCACAUUGUCAACGCUGUUGGGAAGCAAAUAUUAAACCAUAGAUCAAUGUUUAACAAUUUAUAAAGGACUGAAUGCGAAUGUCACCGUUUCCAUUACUGGUGGCCUUUGGCUAUAUUAUAAUAAUUUAAUUCCGCAUAUCAGGGAAAAGCUUUUAUCAUUAUUGCUUUUUUUAUGUCUAAAAGGAUCAUGGCAACAUGUAUUAUGUACAGUAUGUCUGUUUAAAUGAGACAUGGCACUGAUUGAACAAUUGUGCCCCAUACCUUUGCACACAGUUGGCUUGUUGUCGGGCAGAGUAGAGUAGAUGGGACAUGGGAAUAAUGAUUUCCUUUGAUGUAUUGCCAUGUUGCUUGCAACAGUACAGGAUCUGCAGUUCCUACAGUAAAUUGAGUUUUCUGAUGUGCCUGGUGUUCCUACAGCCUUCUGGGCGGGUACGUAGUCUGUAAGGGAGUGCCUUGGGUAAUGUUUCCUUCCUGAUGGCCUGAUCCAAAUCCUAUACACCUGCUGUUGUUGUGCAUGAGUGGAGAGAAGCUCCUAUCCUCCCCUAUAUUCACCUCCUUAUCAUAGGUGAUCUCACUCUGGGCCCAAUGAACUACUUGUUGGAAAAUCCCUCCAUCCCUCCAUCCCUGAUCCUGAGUCAGGGGCCUGGUGGGUGCGAGGGGAGGCGACGCCCGCCAGUUUGCCCAUGGGAUCAACCAGGAUCAGCGGUUUCUGACUGGGCGCUCUGCCUGCUUGCCGCUGGGAACCUCCAAGUGAAUCUGAUUAGUUCUCUAUGGAAGAGGCGUUGGAGACGGGGUCAAAGCAUGGCAGCUCGGAUUACCUUGGAAGAAGAAGAGAAUGAGAAAGGUUUGAAAAAAAAGGCAUUUGUCUCUCUCAAACCCUCAAACAAGCGGUUGUGGGCUAACAAGGGGUACAAUUGACAGAUGUGGAGAGAAAUCUCAAUUUCCCCUGUCAAAUCAGCAUGAUACCUGGCCCCUGGAUUUAAUUGGUCGAGACACCUCACCUAAUCCCUGAGUCGGUCGGCUCCUUGGAACCUUGGAGCAGCAUGGCCCUUAAACUCCAUUCGUCAAUGAAGCAGACAAAAGAGUCAAAAGAGGGCCUCUGCUUUGAGCUCUAAUCCAAUUAGAAAGUUGAUAAGGAGCCUGAGUAGAGUUUCACGUUACUUAAAAGUGCACAUGAACUCUGGGCACCUCGGUGACCUUUGGUGACCUCAGAGAAUGGCAUCUUGAUAGAGGCACAGCGGGUCCCUUAUGCUGGAUCUUCCUCUGACCAGAGGAGGGGGUGUGAGAAGGAUGCUACAACAGCUGUAUUACCAUCCAAGCUAGGAGUGUUUCUAAGAGUGUUGAAGAGCUCCUGAUACUUGUGUAAUGGCACACUGUUUGUUUUUCACUUAAGUGCAAUUUAUUAUUUUUAAUACACUUAUGUAAAUACAACAAGACAACGGAGCCACUUUGGUGUUAAAAAAAUAUUUGUAUAGCACUUCAGGGAUUGUGUGUGUGGCUAAACUGAUUUAUUCAUAUUUCUUUCUAAACAGGGUUGUGAUUGCUUUAGGUGAUUACAUUGCAAGUAAAUGCAUAAAUAUUUAUUAUUGCUUUUAAGACAUUUUAAGCCUAUAUCACGCCUCAGGAGAAGACCCAGAUGCAGACAGUUUCAAAGUGACAAACGUUUAUUACAAAAACUGGAGGGCAGGCAACGAACAGGUCAAGGGCAGGCAGAGGUCAGUAAUCCAGAGCAGAAUCAGAAAGGUACAGGACGGCAGGCAUGCUCAGGGUCAGGGCAGGCAGAAUAAUCAAAACUGGGAAAGCUAGAAAACAGGAACUAGAGAAAGACAGGAGCAAGGGAAAAACGUUGAUAGGCUUGACGAAACAAAACAAACUGGGAACAGACAAACAGAGAACACAGCUGUAAAUACACUGGGGAUAAUGAGAAAGAUGGGUGACACCUGGAAAGAGGUGGAGACAAGCACAAAGACAGGUGAAACAGAUCAGGGUGUGACAGGCUAACCAUUCUCUCCAUUCAUAUUUAAAACUGGCAGGCGCUGCAUACAGUCAAAGUUAACACAAGACUAAAAAGUGUAACUUUUUGAUGUGAGAGUACUAUUCAAAUUAUCAUCAACUUGUUAUUAAGAUGUGUCAGGCCAAAGACCAUUGGCCCAAGAAAUAGUUCCUAAAUGUUUGGCUAACGGGGCACUUUCUGGGUCUCAUAAUAUUCUAUUAAGGAUUUGCGUCAAUUCAAAUCUGGUAUCAGGACAUAAUGUGAUUCAGAGUCACCGAAUAUACUUUAAGUAUUUUUAUUAAACUCAAUCGAUAAAUGGUAAAUGCAAUUUUCGUAUAUAAGGGUUCUCUGUAUCACCUCGCAGGGCAGAACAGAGAACUGGCAGGAUGUAAGUAAACAGCUGUUCUUAUACUGUGAUAGACGUAGUUCCAACCCGCCUGUUGGCCUAUCACAGUAGAGGCUGAGCGUGGUUUAAACUUGCUCAGCCUAUCGCCGGCGCUCAGGCUGGUCCCAGCCUCUUGGCACUCCUUGGUGUCCGGCGCUGUUGCUGUGUAGAUUACGCUCCCAAACCCUGGAGACUGAGGUCAGACAGUUCUGUAACAUUGUUUGAGCUAUUUGCACCUGCAUAGAAAGCAUACUGUUCUCGCUCAAGGUUAACCACAGCUUCUGAGCACACUAUCUGGGGCACAAUGUUACUUUCAGCACACACACACAGACACCCAGGCGCCCAGGCUAACAGUUGCUAAUAUUAUAUCACAUGUGAUAUAGUAUUGGGUUAUAGUGCAAUAAACACAGAUCCUCACAAUUCCCAUUUACAUUACACAUUGAAUUACAAGACAGAAUAUCUGUACUUUCGGUUUUGCUAAUUAGCACUCUGUGAUGGUUAAAGCAUGACUUGGGGCCUCUUGACUAAAUUACAUAGGCCUUCUUUAGGAUAAACAUUCCCAGUGUUUCUAACACAAGCCUAUAUUACGUGCAGGACAGCUGGUUGGGGAUGAGAAGGUAGUAGCUUGUUAGACAUGUAGCUGUUAGGGAUGUUUGGUGAUAUUUGUUUAGGGGUGUUUGGUUGUAGUUGUUUAGGGAUGUUAGGUGAUAGUUGUUUAGGGAUGAUUAGUGAUAUUUGUUUAUGGAUGUUUGGUGGUACAGUAGUUGUUUAGGGAUGUUUGGUGAUAUUUGUUUAGGUGUGUUUGGUGAUAUUUGUUUAUGGAUAUUUGGUGGUAAAGUAGUUGUUUAGGGAUGUUUGGUGGUAGUUUUUUAGGGAUGUUUGGUGAUAUUUGUUUAGGGGUGUUUGGUAGAAGUUGUUUAGGGAUGUUUGGUGAGUUGUUUAGGGAUGAUUGGUGAUAUUUGUUUAUGGAUGUUUGGUGGUAAAGUAGUUGUUUAGGGAUGUUUGGUGGUAGUUUUUUAGGGAUGUUUGGUGCUAGUUGUUUAGGGAUGUUUGGUGGUAGUUUAGGGAUGUUUGGUUGUAGUUGUUUAGGGGUGAUUGGUGGUAGUUGUUUAGGGAUGUUUGGUGCUAGUUGUUUAGGGAUGUUUGGUGGUAGUUGUUUUUGGAUGAUUGGUUGUAGUUGUUUAGGGGUGAUUGGUGGUAGUUGUUUUUGGAUGAUUGGUUGUAGUUGUUUAGGGAUGUUUGGUGGUAGUUGUUUUUGGAUGAUUGGUUGUAGUUGUUUAGGGGUGAUUGGUGGUAGUUGUUUAGGGAUGUUUGGUGCUAGUUGUUUAGGGAUGUUUGGUGGUAGUUGUUUUUGGAUGAUUGGUUGUAGUUGUUUAGGGAUGUUUGGUGGUAGUUGUUUUUGGAUGAUUGGUUGUAGUUGUUUAGGGGUGAUUGGUGGUAGUUGUUUAGGGAUGUUUGGUGCUAGUUGUUUAGGGAUGUUUGGUGCUAGUUAUUUAGGGAUGUUUGGUGCUAGUUAUUUAGGGAUGUUUGGUGGUAGUUGUUUAGGAAUGUUUGGUGGUAGUUGUUUAGGAAUGUUUGGUGCUAGUUGUUUAGGGUUGUUUGGUGCUAGUUGUUUAGGGAAGUUUUGUGCUAGUUGUUUAGGGAUGUUUGGUGCUAGUUAUUUGCACCCCUCUGAGAAUGGAGCUCAACAUAUAGCAGCCUUGGGGAUUUCCAUUUUGAAAUUAUGAAUAAUUUGACUUAAAUUGAAUUACUUACCACAAAAUCCACUGCUAUAGCUAUUGACAUUGCAACUAGUUAACUGUCAGGGUGACAUAGGGAAACACAUCUUAGUUGGUAGAGAAGGGAAUGGAAAGACACCCAUAUCAGCCAUGGUGAUUAUUUUCUUCAUCAGAACGACUGAGUAGGUGGCAUUUAUGACCUGCAUACAAAUACAAACAAGCUACCUCGGUAAACAAAAUAUAAUGGACCUCACAUUUCUGUUUAACACUGUUUCUAGAUGGAUCUCAUUUGUUAUGAUUUAAUUUAUGUGUGAAGACUAGAAUGCAAACCUAAAAAUUAUUAUUGGACAUAAUAGGCAUGCAAAUUGACUUUGGAGACAUGGCAACCCUCUUGGAUACAGCCUUGCAGCAGUACUCCAUUAGUACUGUAUUGUAUCACUCAUAGCCAUGUUUGAAUUCUAUUGUCCCUGUCGUUAUUGUUAUUAGCAUGCAUCUCUUCUAUUUAAUGUCUCUGUAUGCCACUGUGAUGAGAGGUAUAAUAAUUGUGCGCCAAUCCUUAAGAAAACUAACACCCUUCAUUAUUCUGGUAUUAUAGUUAUGCUGGCGAUUAACGCUUGACUUCACAAUUACAUACUUCAUUUGAUUGCUUUUAGCGGCGGGAUUCAAUAGGUUGUUUGCUAUCGACAUCAAGCAUUGCACAGCUAUGUAUUGAGAGGAGAGGCAAUGUCAAGGUUGAAUACUCUGCUAUCAGGAGUUAGGCUGCAACUACAAUGAAUUCAGAAAGUAUU